CGCGUCGAAAGAUCAUCCAUCAAUUUCAUUUCCAUCUACCGAUAACAACACAAAGUGAUUAAAUCAAAAUCCCACAAACUUGGGAAACCCUUUCUCCUCAUUCUUCUUCAAACAAAAAACCCCAAUAACCUAAACUCUUUCUCUACCAAAUCGAUAACGAAGAAAACUCAAAACAUUCUCAAUGACCUCAAAACUAUUCGCUUCCCUCCUCCGUAACCACCUCACCAAAAAACCCCAUCUCCGCCGCCACCCUUUUUCCACCGCCGCGGCAGCCGCCUUAACAGAACCCCAUGAAGAAACCACCGCCGGAAUCACUAUGAAAGGUGUCAAAAUCUCCGGCAGACCUCUUUACCUCGACGUUCAAGCAACUUCACCCGUUGAUCCACGUGUCCUCGACGCUAUGCUCCCUUUCUAUCUCUCUCGCUAUGGAAACCCUCACUCCCGUACCCAUUUCUACGGCUGGGAGUCUGAUGACGCCAUCGAACAUGCCCGGUCGCAGGUUGCGGCGCUUAUAAGCGCUUCACCGAAAGAAAUUGUUUUUACUUCAGGGGCUACUGAGUCUAAUAAUAUUUCGAUUAAGGGUGUGUUGCAUUUUUACAAAGAGAAGAAGAAGCAUGUGAUAACUACACAAACUGAGCAUAAGUGUGUGCUUGAUUCUUGUAGACAUCUUCAACAAGAGGGUUUUGAUGUUACUUAUCUUCCGGUUGAGAGUGAUGGACUGGUUGAUUUGGAGAAGUUGAGGAGUGCUAUUAGGCCGGAUACGGGACUUGUUUCGGUUAUGGCUGUGAAUAAUGAGAUUGGUGUUGUUCAACCUAUGGAGGAAAUUGGGAAAAUUUGUAAGGAGUUUGGUGUUGCUUUUCAUACUGACGCGGCGCAAGCUUUAGGGAAGAUUCCAGUUGAUGUUGAUAAGUGGAAUGUGAGUUUGAUGUCGUUGAGUGGGCAUAAGGUUUAUGGGCCGAAAGGGGUGGGGGCGUUGUAUAUGAGGAGGAGGCCGAGGAUUCGUGUUGAGCCACAGAUGAAUGGUGGUGGACAAGAGAGAGGGAUUCGGAGUGGGACUUUGCCUACUCCGUUGGUUGUUGGGAUGGGGGCUGCUUGUGAGGUUGCUUUGAAGGAGAUGGAGUAUGAUGAGAAGAGGAUUUCGGCAUUGCAGCAGAGGUUGCUUAAUGGGAUAAGGGAUAAGCUUGAUGGGGUGGUGGUGAAUGGGAGUAUGGAAAGGCGAUAUGUUGGGAAUCUUAAUUUGUCGUUUGCGUAUGUUGAAGGGGAGAGUUUGCUUAUGGGGUUGAAGGAGGUUGCUGUAUCAAGUGGUAGUGCUUGCACUAGCGCUAGUUUAGAGCCUUCUUAUGUUUUGAGGGCACUGGGAGUCGAAGAGGAUAUGGCUCAUACUUCGAUUAGGUUUGGUAUUGGGAGGUUCACUACCGAAGAGGAAAUUGACAGGGCAGUUCAGCUCACGGUUCAACAAGUCGAGAAGUUGAGGGAUAUGAGUCCACUUUAUGAAAUGAUGAAGGAAGGUAUCAACAUCAAGGAUAUCAAAUGGGAUCAACACUGAUUAUUGAUCUGGCAACUGUGCAAGCUAAUUGGGAAUGCUUUCACUCGGAUUGAUGUUGUAGGACAUAUGGUAAUUUAGAGAAUGUUAUCCCUUCUUCUACGAAGCUUUCAGUCUAUGAUAUACCUUGAAGUACAAGAAUAGCAUUGAGCUUCUUUUGUUUGUUGAGGAGGAUUAAAAAAAUAGUGCAAUCAGUAGCUUGAGUGAUUUGAUGAAAAUAGUAAUGGUGAGUCUGAGGCCAAAAUUUAUUGUUCUCUGCAGCUGUCUACCGUAUUUUAAAUGAAUGAAGCAACUUAUAGCAACUCGUGAACACAUAUUUGCAUUUUUUAUUAUGAAUGAAAUCAAAUAAGAACAGACUCUGUAUUAAGAAAGUGAAGGGUGAAAGAUAAAUCAAUGCAGUCUGGCAUCACUGUUCAUUU